AUGUCCAAGUCACAUGGUGGACGACUUGAGCUUGCCACAAUCGACGUCCCCAAGUACCGUGUGGAUGAGAUAUUGGUCGAAAUAUUGUUUUCAGGUGUUUGUCAUACCGAUUUUCACGCGUGGAAAGGACACUGGCCUGUGAAGCCAAAGGAUAACCUCGUUGGCGGCCACGAGGGGGUUGGCAUAGUCGUGGCUCUUGGCAAGGAUGUCAGGGAUAUCUCCAUCGGUGACAAAGUCGGCAUACAGUGGGUGAAUAGGACCUGCGAAGUCUGUGGCCUCUGCUCUCGUGGUUCCCAACCACUAUGUCCACAUAUCCAGCUUUCUGGAUAUACCGUCGACGGAACCUUCCAGCAGUAUUGUGUGUGUAAAGCAGAGAACGCAGUCCGCAUACCAUCUGGCAUGCCCCUCGACCAAGCUGCUCCAAUAUUGUGCGCUGGUCUCACGGUGUACAAAGCACUCAAAGAGUGCGAGCUCGAGCAAGGAGAGUUAGUCGCAAUUGCAGGAGCAGGUGGAGGUCUUGGUACAUUAGCGUGCCAGUUUGCAAAAGCAUGCGGGUACCGCGUUCUGGCAAUUUCAGCAGGCGAAUCCAAGAGGAAAAUUUGCGUCGAGAAAUUUGGCGCUGACUACUUUGUCGACUACAAAUCUUCAUCAGACUUGAUCGAAGAGAUCAAAGAUGUUACUGAAGGGGGGCCAAAUGCAGUAAUCGUCGUCAGCUCAACGACAAAGCCAUUUGACGACGCUAUUCACUACGUCAAGCCAAUGGGAACCAUUGUUGCCGUCGGCUUGCCACCCGGCUGCAUGAACGCAGACAUAUUUACGAUCGUCCUUCGAAAUAUCACGAUAAAAGGGAGUUACGUGGGUAAUCGCCACGAGACAGAAGCAGCACUGGAAAUUGCCUGCCGUUCAGGGAUUAUUCCGCCUUACAAAGUUCUUGAUGUACACGAGCUGCCGAAGGUGUAUGAGCGUAUGGAGACUGGAGAAAUGGAAGGACGGGCCGUUCUUCGAAUCGUAGACAAUAAAGUACAAUCUACUCCUGUCAGACUAACUGCACAAUUGGAGCCAAGGUUCUGUCCUGAACAGUUCACUGUGGGCACCAGACUAGCCUACCGGUUGGAGGAGCUGGGAGUCACAGACUAUUUUGCAGUACCUGGCGACUUCAACUUGGGCUUACUUGACGAGUUACUAAAAAAUGGAUCCAUACGCAUGAUCGGAUGCUGUACAGAGUUGAACGCCGGAUAUGCUGCAGAUGGCUACGCUCGAACUUCGCCCGGUAAAGUCGCAGUUGUAUUCGUAACGUUCAUGGUUGGAGGUCUUUCUUUAAUCAAUGCCAUUGCUGGUGCAUACUCAGAAGGCCUGAGAGUAGUGGUCAUAUCUGGCUGUCAGCCGCAAAAAGCGUUCGAAGACAAGCAACUGGUUCAUCAUACACUAGGCACAAAUGACAAAGACCAAGCUUUGCGAAUGUUCGACCAAGUCACGGCACUAUCUGUACGUCUCUCAAGCUCGCAAAAUCCUGCGGUGGCUCUCGAUAGUGCGAUCAUCAACUGUUUGAACGCAUCACGUCCUGUGUACGUCGAGAUACCUACAGAUGUUGCCCAGGCGCCUUGCACACCCCCUGGACCUCUGCCCAUCAACGGUUCUGAACUAUUCGAGAUGGACCACGCCCUCAAUGCCGUUGACGCGGUUACUAAUUGCUGGAACGGGGCGAAACAGCCUAUUCUACUGGUUGGGGCCCAUGUGCGCCAAACUGUUCUCCCUCACGUGUUGGUCUCCCUCAUCGAUAAACUCGGUUGCCCGGUUCUGGUCCAACCAGACGGAAAGUCUCUUGUCCCUGAAGACCAUCCUCAGUUUUUGGGAACUUUUUGGUCCAGUGCAAGCGAUCACAAAAGCGAGAAAGUUUUCAUGGAUUCUGAUUUAUGGGUUAUGGUUGGGUGUCGUUGGACUGACUACCACACAUUGGGCUGUCUCGAUAUUCGAGAAGAAUCGCAUCGUAUCGUCGACCUCCAAGACGGAUCUGUCACUAUUCCAAGUGAUGAGAGUUACACAAAUAUACCGCUCAAUGAGUUGAUAAAACUUAUCGCCCAGUCUAAUAUCCAACACAAAGGUACUGUGCAACUUAACGGGAUAAUCCCAACUGUCAAAGUCAAACGAGCAACUAUAGAUACCUCAAAGCUCUCGCUGUCGACCAUCCUCGGUGGCAUUCAAGAUUUGAUAGGACCCGAAAAUUCCGUCAUCGCUGAUACUGCCGAUUAUCAGAUGCAGAUGGUGUAUGGUUCAAUCGGGUGGAGCCUUCCGGCCACUCUUGGUUAUCAACUCGGCCGGCCAAAUCAACGAGUCAUACUGAUGAUCGGAGACGGUAGCUUGCGCAUGACGUUCCAGGAAUUGAGCACCAUGAUCAGCCUUAGGCUCAAUCCCAUCAUCUUCGUUUUUAAUAAUCUAGGAUACGCAAUAGAGACCGCAAUUCAUGAUGGACCAUACAACUAUUACUCGAACUGGAAUUAUACCUCAUUGGCGAAUAGCCUCUGCAGCACUUUUCAUGCCAUCUACGAUAACCCAUACGUCGACCACAAACUCACGGAAACUUGUUCAGACCCUCCGAUGUUUUCCGCGCAGAUCAAAACCACUACAGACUUAUUGAUAGCCCUAAGACGUGCUGAGCAUGAACCCAAGAAGCUUGCCUUCUUGGAGUGCUGCAUCGAUCCCAGCGACAUCAGCUCCUCACUUCAACGCUUUGGCUUGGCUGUUGGCACGAGGGGCAAAGAGGCUUAA